AUGUUCGCCAAGCUACUCCCCGUUCUCCUCGCUACGGCUCACAUCGCUUCCGCCCACUUCAGACUCCAAUAUCCCUUCUGGCGUGGCGACUCAUUCGAGGGAGAGGCGUCGCAAUGGACCUGGCCUUGCGCGGGCGUCGACCAGACAGAAUCCGCCAACAACCGCACGCAGUGGCCUCUGUCCGGCGGCAGUGUGCGCAUCUUCGGCUCGCACCCGUGGGCGCUGACCUACGUUAACCUGGGCGUCGGCAACAAUGUCACAAGCUUCAACAUCACCCUUCUUGACAACUUCAACCAGACAGGCAACGGCACGUUCUGCAUCUCUCAAUUGGGAGCAGCGGUCCUGGAAGAACUGGGCGUGCAGGAGGGAACAAACGCGACUCUCCAGGUCAUUCAGACUAGCCACUCGGGAAGCGCACUGUACAACUGCGCCGAUAUCACCUUCUCCAACCAGGCCCAGCCCUUGACCGGCGAGGAAUGCACCAAUUCCACUGGCGUUGGCGGCAUCCAGAUUGCCAACGUCGGCACAACGACUACUUCUGAGGGUGGAGCUAGCACGACGGACUCCAGCACUGCGGCUUCAGCGACUGCGGGCGCAGCUGUUGCAGUAGGCGUGCCGGGCUUCGUGGUUUCGGUCGCUGCAGUCGGCUUUGGGUUGAUGCUGGGGCUCUAG